AUGUCGCAGCCACCCACGCCCUCGUCGUCCUCGCGGCCGCUCCCUCAGAUGUACCACCAACAGCAGCCAUCGCACCAGCCGGCACAACAGUCAUCCUCGGGUCGCAACUCGUCGCCCCAGCUGUCUGCAGCUGCCUUGGCCGCCCUGACACCCCUGCGGCGUGGUCGUGGUCGCCCGCCCAAGAACAAGGAGCUCAUUGCGCAGCGCGAGCGCGAGCGGAUGGAGGCCGUGCAGCGGGCGCUCGAGCUCGGCAUCUCGCCCGACCAGAUCGAACAGCUCCAGCGCCAGCAACAGCAGCAGCUGCGAGAUCGCCAGCAGCGCGAGCGGACAUCGACCCCCCAGCGACCCAUGCCGCACACGCCGCAGCGGAUAUCCAGGCUGGCCCAGCAGGCGUCGUCGCCCCGGCUGCGGCCACCGAGCGACCCCUACCAGAACGGCUCCACCUCGCCCUACCACCCGCCGCCUCAGCAGCAGCAGCACCCGCAACCGCAGUACCUGCACGCCCACGUCGUCUCCUCGCCCGAUCGCGGCCUGAUGUACGCUCCGGUGCAUCCUGGCACCUACUUCCCCAUGCAGCCACCGCCACCGCCGUCGGGCCCAGGGAGUACGUACCCGCACCAGCUCAAUCCACAGGCAUAUGCCUACCAGCAGCAGCAGCAGCAGCAGCAGCAGCAGCAGCAGCAGGCAUUACCGCCCCACUACGCAUACCAGCAGCAGCAGCAGCAACAGCUCCAACAGCAGCAGCAGCAGCAGCUCCAGUUGCAGCAACAGCAGCAGCAGCAGCAGCAGCAAAGGGUCCAGCAGCAACAACAGUACCCCACGCUACCACAGCAGCAGCCUCCACCGCAGCAGCCGCAACAGCCGCAGCCCCCACAUCAACCGCAGCAGCUCCAAUCGCCCCAGCUGCCCGUCCAGCUGCCGCCGUUCCCAGCCUUUCCCGGCCACCGGCAGCAGCAGGAGAUGCAAGCACAGCAGAACCAGGCGAUGCAGCAGAACCUUUCGCUGCCCAUGACGCCGUCCCGGACCUCGAGCGAGGCCGGCUCGGCCCAUGGCUCUGGCGGUGCAAUGGUGGCGGGUACCGGCCCGGGGGUCGCCGGAGCGACGUCUGUCGAGGGUGGAGGGACGAUCAUGACACCGGCAGGCGGCAGCAUUGGAGCGGGCCUCGGGCAAGCCGUCGGCAACGCGGGCGCCUCGCCCGCCAGCCGCACGCGUGCGCGCAGAAGGAGCGAGCGGACCGAGACGAGCGAGCCGGAGCUCAAGGUGCCCGAAGAGGGCGACCUUGGGUGGAUGCCCGAGGGCGCCGACGUCGAGCAGGCGCAUGACGUUUACGCCGCCAUCUUCGAGGUGGUGCGUAACCACAUCGACAAGGCUGGGAGGCGGGUCGCGGAGCCGCUACAGGACUGCCCUGAUCCAGAGUCGGAUCCGGAGUACUACGAGAAGAUCGAGCGGCCGACCUCGCUCGCGGCCAUCGAGCAGCGGAUCAGGGACCGCGACUACCCGAACGCGCUGGCGUUCGAGCUGGACAUGCUGCAGCUGUUUGAAAACGGGCGGAGGCUGCACCCGAUCGGCUCGCAGACGUACGGCGACGUCGUGACGCUGCAGCGCCUCUACCACCACCUCACCAAGGCGCGGCCGUCAUGGGCCCCCAGCCGGCGGCGCACCUCGGUGGCCGACAUCCAGGAGGCGGCGCGCGAUGCCGACCCAGAGCGCCACUUUGCCUCGCGGCCGUAUGGCCCCGGCUUCGCCAGCCUGGGCUCCGAGGGCGACCUGACGACGCGGAUCAGCGGCAAGAUGAAGACCUACUACGAGCAUCUCAACUUCAAGGGCAAGGCGUACCGCGUCGGCGACUGGGUCCACCUCAUGAACCCGUCGGACCCGACCAAGCCGAUCGUGGCCCAGAUCUUCAAGGUGGCGCGGCGCGACGACCAGCCCGACCAGGGCUACAUCACCGUCUGCUGGUACUUCCGACCGGAGCAGACCUUCCACCCGCCCAGCCGGCGCUUUUUCCGCGACGAGGUGGCCAAGACGGGCUACUUUGCCGACCACCAGAUCGAGGACGUGCUGGAAAAGGUGCUCGUCAUGUUCUACACCAAGUUUAUGCGCGGGCGGCCCAAGGCCGAUUACUGGGACCCGCGCAGCCCGAUCUACAUCACCGAGAACCGGUACAACGAGCAGCAGCGCGUGUUUCACAAGAUCAAAAGCUGGGCCAGCUGCGUGCCCGAGGAGAUCCGCAAGGUCGAGACGCCGAUGGACGUGUUUGACAAGUCGAUCCCGGCACCGCCGCGCGAGGAGUCGCCGUUCCUCCGCGGCGUCGACGGGCCGGGCGCGCUGCGCGACGAGGAUCCGUCGGCGGGCGAGGGGCUCGAGUUCCCCGACCUGUUCAAGGACAGCACCGCCGACGACCCGCUGCGGUCGAGGAAGCGCAAUCGCGCCGGCGACGCCGUGGCCAGCGGUGCAGCGGCGGACACAGCGGGAGGCCCCACGUCGUCUGGCGUCGCAGUCCAUCCGAGCCGCAUGGCGCCGCUCGAGCUCUUCAACCACCUCGCCGGUCUCGUGGCCGCUCGCGUCAGCGCGCAAGACUACCUCAAGAUCCAAAAGAUGCUCAGCGGCCCGCAGGCGGCCACGCUCGACAUGGCGCGCGAGAGCCACCUCCUCGGCGGAGUCGACCCCAAUCUGCUCAACGAGCUGCGCAACGCAGCAUUCGCCGCCGGUAUGGCGGCCGCCAGUCGACCGCCGGCAGCGGCUGCACCCUCGUCGCAGCAGCAGGGCGGUGCACCAGCAUCCCUGGUGGCUGCUGACGCUGCCAGCGGAGCCGGGCCGACCUCGGUUGGCAGCGACCUCGUUGGCAUCGUGGCCGCCCAGAACGGCGACGGCGAGUUCGGCGACCUGCCCGAAGAGACCCGGCGGCUGUUUGCCGACACUCCUGAAGGCCAGGUGACGUGGACCCCGUCGAACCCGCUCGAUGGGCCGGUGCAGCACGCGCUGCGGCAGAAUGGCUUCUGGGACCCGCGAGAACUUCUGGGCUCUCCCUACAGCCUCGACUAUCUCUACGACCAGGUGUCGCGCGUGGAGGCGGAAAGAGGAGCCGACACCAAGAUGGACGUCGCCGACGAAGCGGCCGACGAUGUCAGCGGCGAUGCCCAGGCGGCGCGCCGCGCCCCGUCCGACGCCUCGCCGUCGUACACAAGCUACGCUCCCGGUGCGUCGGACUCGCUCGCAGCGGUCGCGGCUGCGGCUCCGAGGAGCUCGCCCUCGGCGCUAGCUGCAGUAGCCGCAAUGGCCCCCGAUGCGUCCGCCUCGGCGCAGCAGCCACAGCAGCAACGUCUGGAGCAGCAGCAGCAGCAGCAGCAGCAGCAAGGCUCCUUGACGCCGUUCAUGAGCCAAAGCGGAUGGGCGAGCGACUGGGGCGAGGACCACCAGAAGACGGCCGAUGCGCUUGCAGAGUUCGUCGGGCAGUAUGACGGCACGCAGCUCAAUCUAGGCGGCUUUGGAGGCUUCUACAGCUCGGACUGA